AUGGAGAAUAAGCUGUUUCUUGGAACCCUAAUAUGUCUAUUCCUUGUGACACAAGCCACCAGCAACGAUGACAACAAUUACACUGAUAACGAAACGAUUCAUCCCAGCGAAUACUACAGCUCAGACUUCGAACUCAAAGACGGAACCAAUGUGAUAUUCGAAGCUAUCAAUGAGUUGAAAGGGAUCAAGAAACCAGAAGCAGGGUCCGAGUGCAGCAUUGGUCGGAAACACUGGACUAGGUCUCUUCCCGGAGACAUAUUUUACGCCAAGUUCUUCUUUUAUAGUGUUAACCCGAACGCAAAGGUGGUUAACCGGUGCCAUUUCCGGUCUAGUUUGGGUUAUGUCAAUAUUAAUAUUGAGAUCACUCCAGCGCUUGGACGGCGGUGUCCUGGUUAUAGAUGCAUUUUAGCGAUACAGCGUCGGCGUGAAGGGCUUUUGAUGAAAGAUACUAGUGAGCUUUUUCCUUGGACUCCUUGGCCUCGUCGUCAUACUCAACCAAGUUGCCUAAGAUGA